AACCAGCAAGCAUCACCCAUACUAUAUCGCACGUUUUACCAAGAAACACUCUCCCAAGUUACUCGUCGCAACCUCCGGCUCUCCUCACUCUAAUAAUCCAAAGUAUACGCGCACGCAAAAAAGAUGAAGCUCCUAACCCUCAACUUCCUCACCUGCGCCAUCAAAGCCUGCAAAACGAACCCCGCAUCUUUCCCCCUGCACCCGCGCGACGCCGAGCUCGAAAUCGUCGAAGCAGAUGUAAACCUGGCGUUUCUGAAGAACAUUCUACCCCGCAUUUUGUGGAAUGAAUUGAGGGUGAUAUGUAGUGAGCUCGGUCUCCCUGAACUCCCACCCACAGCGCCCACACCCGCCGACCUCGUCGAGCCCUCGUCGUCUUCCGCAUCCGCACUAGAUACCGCUGAGGCGACACCAACCGGCGAAGCACAAGAGGAGGAGGAAGAGCCCAGCCAGACGGCAAAGGAUCUGCACAGGAUACUCCUCGAGACGUGUAUAAAAGAAGGGAAGCUGGUAUGUGGAGCGUGCCAGCAUGAGUAUGCGGUCAAAGAAGGUGUUGCGAAUUUCUUGUUGCCGGGACAUUUGGUGUGA